GGAGAGCCCAGAAACAGAGGAUGCUCCUCAGCAUAUGUCUCAAGGCCAUCUACUUGCUUGUAAGAGGGGACAAGAGUUCAUCACAGAAGCAAGAUGCAGGCAUGACUGCAGAAACAGAAGCUGAGAACUCACAUCUUCAAAUGCAAGUGUGAAGCGGAGAGAGUGAACUGGAAAUGUCUUCACCGCAGAAGACAUGAGAAGAAGCGUCUGCUUGUACCACGUGAUCACACUCUCUCUGAUGCUCUCUACUUUGAUACCUGUUACUUUUUCAGAACUUGUCAGUUCACGUAACCCUUCUAGAUGGCCUAAGCCCCCAUGCAAAAUGUAUUACCCAAUAGAUCCUGAUUAUGAAGCAAGCUGUCCAGAUGUGGUAGCAUUUGUUUGUGCUACAAAUGGUUUAACCUACAAGAAUGAGUGCUUCUUUUGCAUUGAUCGGUGGGAAUUCGGCCCUCAUAUUGCGUUUGUCAAAUAUGGAAAGUGUAACUAG